AUGAAGACAUUCAGUCCUAAACAUUGCUCGGUGGUUAUAUACAAUGACCAUAAAGAUGAUGACCUAUUACCACUUUCAUUAUUUAUCUCUAUUUACAAGUCGGUUGUCAUAAAGCAUGACAAGACGGAAGUAAUACAAGAACUGAGGAGUUAUCAUUGUCAUCACCCUGUUUUACUGUUAAUUGAUACAGAAUCAGGCAUAAAUGAAUGUCCAGAGUUACUGUCGACAGUUGUGAGGUUUAUCAGAGAAGGAUUAUUGAUUAAUACGAUACCGAUCGUAUGUUCAACAUUGGAUUGUCCCCAUUUUAUGGUCAAAUGUAUCAAUGAAGGUGCAGCUGAUUAUGUAAUAAAGCCGCCUAGUGAGGAUGUCAUCAAGACAUUAUUCUUGAAUGUAGCAAGGUACAAUACGAAUACCAUCAUAAACCAAGAUGUUCAACAAGAGACUUGUCGAUUGGCCGAAUAUGGAAAAGUGUGGCCCAAGUUUAAAGAGAGACUCAAGAGCGUCUUUUUACAAGAGACAUGGUUAUCCAAGAUUAUCGCUGAAUAUUAUACCCCCAAGCCCACGGUUCAUCGAUCAUCCAUGAAAUCCAUGUUGGAGGAUAGAAAAGAAUACUUGAAAUCACAGAUUUGCAGCUGGAAUUUCCUACCGCUUGAUCUGGAGCUGAAGGAUUUAGUAGAAGUUGUCUAUUUGAUAUUGAAUCAAGUCUUGACCUCAUUUGAUGAAUUGAAGUCACUUUGUGUUCCCAGCAGUGAUUUGUAUCACUUUAUAUUUGACAUUUGCAACUCGUACCACGGGACAAAUCCUUAUCAUAACUUUAGGCAUGCAGUCGAUGUACUUCAAGCGAAUUAUUAUUUUCUCUGUAAAAUGGGUUUACUCAAACCCAUGUAUCCUUCUAAUGAAUUCACUUUUGGACAUUCUCAGAACCCAGUGAUUCGACUGAUGACCCCCUUGGAUAUAUUUGCAUUACUUAUGGCAAGUAUAGGUCAUGAUGUUGGCCAUCCUGGUGUCAAUAACAAUUUCAUGAUCACAGCAUCAACGCCUUUGGCCAUCAUAUAUAAUGAUAAAUCAGUCCUUGAAAGUUUUCAUGCUAUGUCCUUUUUCCAUCUACUACAAGAUAAUUGCUUCAGCCAAUUAACUGAUCUUAAAACAUAUCCUAAUUAUUGUACCUUUCGCAAGAUUGUUGUGAAUAGUAUAUUAGCUACAGACAUGAGUUUACAUGAUGAUUAUGUUCAAAAGAUUAACGAUCAAGCCAAGAGAAUACGUGAGAACGCGAUUGAUCCGACAGACAACGCUGCGGCUGAAAGAGAAAAGAUUAUAUUGUGUGGUGCAUUGAUCAAAUGUGCUGAUAUUAGUAACUGUGCUAGACCCUUUGAGUCUGCUAAGCGGUGGGCAGAGAUAUUAGCAGAGGAGUUUUUUGAGCAAGGAGAACUGGAAAAAGAGUUUGGACUAAACGUUUUACCGAUCAAUGAACGAGGCAAGGUGCCAUUAGAAGAUUUUCAAUUGAGCUUUAAGCGGUUUAUUGCACUUAAAUUAUUUGAAGCUGUUAGCUCAGUCACUGAAGACAUGCAAUUCACAGUAGAUAUAAUUUAUGAUAAUAUAAACACUUGGGAAAACAUGAAGAAAAAACAGGAAAUAGAUUUGAAAUUUAAGCAAGACGUAAAAACUGAACAACAUAGUGAUAUGACGCCUAAUAAUAGUAUAUCUCCUAAUCAAGUUUCUUCAUUUGAUAGUAAAGUCCCUAGUCAGCAGAGGUCAUCAAGAUCAGGAAUGAACCCAUGA